AUGGGACUAUUCUCCUGGAUCGGUCGCCUUUUCAGGCCAAGUGCGCCCAAUCCAUCCCUCGUCGACAUAGAAGCACGCCGGCACGCAGAGGCGGCUGCUGAGCAAGCUCGCAAGGAUGCAGAGGCUGCCAGGGCUGAGGUCACCAAGCUCAUCCAGGCGAAUCAAGAAUCGCAGAACAAGGCUAUGGAGGCUCAGCGGCUCGCCAUGGAGGCCGCUGCCGCAGCGCAGGGGCAGGCUCAUAAGGAAAUGAUGGCGAUGGUCCAGGCCGAACGGGCCGCUAACGAAGCCCGCUUCCUAGCGGAAGCUGCUGCUCAUUCCGCCAAUGAAGAAGCGAAGAAGAAAGCGGCGGAAGCAGAGGAGGAGCGGAAGCGAACCAUCGCUAUCCAAGAGCAAGCCAAAAAAGACGCCCAGGCUGCCCAGGAACAGGCCAAGAAAUUUGAGGAAGUCGCUAACGAGGAGAAGAGAAAGGCGACUGCCGCUCAGGAGGCGGCCAACGUGUCGAAGAAAGCAGCGGAGGAAGAAGUAAAGGUGGCCAAUGCUGCCAAGGAGGAGGCUGAACGCAAGUUGAAAGAUGGUAUUCAACCUGUCGUGACGCCCACACAUCAAGAAGUUCUCGCUGCCAAGCGGAGGGUUCAAUACCGCGAGGAUCUCUUCCACUUUGCAGUAGCCGGCGUGGCAGGUGGAGGAAAAUCAUCUCUCAUCAACGCCUUGCGUGGCUUGCGUAACAAGGAUAGCGGAUCUGCCGCCACUGGCGUCACCGAGACAACGCUGAACCUGGCCAGAUACGCUAACUCCAAUGCGGAAUAUCCCUAUGUCUGGUACGACAUUCCUGGCGCGGGCACGCUCAAGAUCCCAGACUGGCAGUACUUCAACGCACAAGGACUCUACGUCUUUGACUGCAUCAUCGUCUUGUUCGACAAUCGCUUCACGAUGACGGACAUCGCCAUCCUCACCAACUGCAGGCGUUUCAAGAUCCCCACGUACAUCGUCCGCUCUAAGGCGGACCAGCACAUUCGUAACGUCAUGAAGGAUAUGGGGUACGACAGCGAUGAUGAUGAAGACGAAGAUCAAAAGAAGAAGCUCUAUCAGACUGCGCGGCAGCAGUUCAUUCAGCAGACCCGCCAGAGCGUCAAAGACAACCUGGAGAAUGCGAAUAUGCCCAACCAAAGGGUUUAUAUCGUUUCGAAUGAAACGAUGCUCAGCGUCGUCAAGGAAAAGCGGCCGAAGAAGGUCAUCGACGAGAUUGAGUUGUUGAACGAUUUGAUCGGGGAGGCCCAGACCAGGCGGGCAAGCCGUGAUGAAACAGCGAGAUAA